CAGCAGGAAGCGUUUGUUUUGUUUGUAUUUAAUAAAGAUCCUGUACAGUCUCUGUCUUAGCUGUCAGUCUGUAGAUGUAAUAAUGUCGGACCCCUGUGUAAGUGACACGCUGAAUCAGCUGCUGAUACACCACACACAGUCUUUCGAGCAAGAAGAAUGGCAGACGAAGCUCCUUUUCAGUUUUUACAUAACGAAGUGAUACAGUACAUUUACAAGUCAGCUGACAACGGAGAGACGGAGAAUGGAAGAAAUAUCGCCAAACUGGAGAAUAUGGGAUUCAGAGUCGGCCAAGGGCUAAUAGAGAGACUAACGAAAGACACAGUGAGGUUCAAAGACGAGCUGGACAUCAUGAAGUUUGUGUGUAAAGACUUCUGGACCUGUGUGUUCAAGAAGCAAAUCGACAACCUUCGAACCAAUCACCAGGGCAUCUAUGUUCUCCAGGACAACAAGUUCCGAUUACUGAGUCAGCUGUCAGCUGGGAAACAGUAUCUGGAACACGCCCCAAAGUAUCUGGCCUUCAGCUGUGGUCUGGUGAGAGGAGCUCUGUCCAACCUUGGAGUGAAGAGUAUUGUGACUGCCGAGGUGUCCGUCAUGCCUGCAUGCAAAUUCCAGAUCAUGAUCCAGAAGAUGUAGCAACUCUCUUCUGCCACGCUGACUCUGCACUCUUCUGCCUUCAUACAUAUCCCUGUAAUCUGCUCAUUAAAGAGAAAUGCCCCCCGUAGCUGUUAGUAAAAUAGACUUCUGUCUGCACUUACAGGUAGGCCCUUACAAGUGUUUCAUGCUGACACACAGACAUAAGUAUAAGUGGACAAACACUUUUACACAAAUGUUAUCUCAUUCUUAUAAAGUCUGACUUUCACCAUUUCAA